UUAGCGUGGGUGUGUGCGCUAUUAAAACAAGGCGCAGACUCCUCCGGGUGACUCACUCUGAUGCUCGCUUUUCCAUGCUGAAAACCAGCACGGAUUGUUAAUCAGAUGAACUUUCGGGAAUUGUGUAGCCGACAGCGAGCAGCUUUUUACCCGCAGACAUCAUGGCUUCAAACGCUCUCUGCGCGCUCUGCGGACUUAUUAUAGCGGCUGUGACUAAUUUCCAUGCUGUGAGCGCACAGAAAAGUCAGUGUGGCAUUUCAGAGUUUUGGAACUCAGACUUGGACGUUUGUGUGCCGUGUGCAUCAUGCAAGCAGUACCCAAAGACCCCGUCCUGCAACACAUGUAAACCCGUGGAGGACACACCUGAUGUGUGGAAACUGGCAGCCAUCACCAGUUUCUCAGUGCUGGCCGUCGUGCUUGUCGGUGCUGCGUUGAUUAUCGGGGUCAUGGUGCAUCGACGCAAGUCACACAAGCGGCCUCUACGUGAACCCAUUGAAGAAACUGCGGGGCCACUUUAUCAAGCUUAAACAUUUCACCUCAUCUUCCUCUGGAAACAGAUGUGACAGAACCAAGCAGCGACUGGCUCAGAGCCGGACGCAGGAACCUCUGGACCAUGAAGUGUAUACUCUGACUGCAGGGUAUCUCUUGACCAGAAUCGGACCAUUUUAAUUUAUUAGACUGUUCAGUGAAGAGAUGUGCUCAGUUCUCACGCUCAGUGUAGGUCCCACAGUGACCACAGGACUUACAUCGAGCAACUCUCACACCUCCGUAGGAAUAGUAACAACAUUAUACUAGAGUGGCAUCUCUUUCAGAUUCUGUGCCUUUAUAAUCCACCUAAAUGAGAUUUUGAUCUGGACGACCUUUGUGGGUUUACAGAUGUUUGAUCCAGAAUCAAGAUGAAACUAUAAAUCCAUGCUUCUGUUUUGUAUUGUGCCAUUUUCCAGCAGGACUCCAAUGAAUGUAACACAGCUACUGCUGCCCGCUGGGCUGCGGUUUGAUCCCAUGCUAUUCUGAGGGGUUAGACGGGGUCUCUCUGUCAGUUAGUUACCACAACAGCCUCUUAAAGAUAAACCACAUGUGAGUAAGACAUACUGUUAGGCACAUCAAGGCCAUUUGAAUGUAGCUACUUGUAGGUGAAAUGUAUUCUAGCCUUCGUCCCUCUCAGUACCUCCAUGUACCUGUUCUUUUAGUGGCCUGAUACAGUGAUGAAACUGUUGAUUUAAGGGAGCAAACUGUACUCAUGCACUGUUACCAGGUCUCCUGAGACCAAUGCAGACCCUUUAUUGCAGGUCAUAACAAUAUUGUCUGUCUGUUUUAAUGUUUUUAGUUGAGUUUUAGAUGAGGUUAGCUCAAUUUUUCAACCCCAGAAUGCACGUUACCGUCCCAGCGUUCGUAGGACAGGAUGUUUGAAACACUAGACACACAGAACCCAAACUGCUUACAUGUGGGAAUGUUGCAAGGAAUGUACUGUAGUGAAGAAAAUUACACCUACAGUGUUUUAGGUGGAGCUACACAAUCACAUUGCUUGCUGACUCUGACCUGUCCAAUGAUUUCAGAUCUGCAACAACAUGUCUAGAUGUCUGUAAUUUUGUGGCCAUUCAAACUAGUGAGAAACAUGGUGGGCAGGUUUGUUGUUUUUCGCUUUUUUUAUAGUACAAAAUGUCUGUUUUUUUAAAUCUUCAAACCAUCAUGCAGUAUGUGAGUAUUUGAGAAUACUUGUGGUAUUUUAUCACUGACAAUGUUUCAGGUCUUGUUUUGGAUCUGUCUGCUUGUGGGUAAACUGCUUGCCCUGUGGCAGCAAAAUUAGGGAAUCAUUUAAAAUACAGAUUACUUCAUUUCUUUUUUUUUUCAGAUGUUUAUAUUAUUUAUUUUUAAGUAUCUUGCAGUGUUGUGUUGCAUCAACUGCGAGGGACAAGCACAUUUUUAAAGGGACUCCAGUGAAGAUUUUUGUUGAACUUCCACUAGGCCAGCCAAUGAUGUUACUGAGCAAUAACUAACACUUUCUGCUUAUUUCUCUUGCUUUCUUUUUCUAACUGUAUAUACUGUACAUGCACUGGCUUCUUUUACUUAAUGCAAUCUUAUAAACUGCUUUGUGUACCAAAAGUAUUUUCACAAUAAAACUGACAACUUUCAAUAAUAA